GCGGCGGCCAUUUUGCUGUUGUGAGGGGAGGCGAGCGGCCGGUCGGCGGGUGGAGAGCAGCAGCCAUGAAUCAUGGUUCGUGUCCUUUAGACUGCAAGGUGUAUGUUGGGAAUCUUGGAAAUAAUGGGAACAAGACUGAACUGGAGAGAUCAUUUGGAUAUUAUGGCCCACUUAGAAGUGUGUGGGUUGCCCGAAAUCCACCAGGCUUUGCUUUUGUUGAAUUUGAAGAUCCACGUGAUGCUUCUGAUGCUGUCAGGGAGCUCGAUGGAAGGAAUCUCUGUGGCUGCCGUGUUCGUGUAGAACUUUCUAAUGGUGAGAGACGCAUUCGUAAUCGUGGCCCACCUCCAGCAUGGGCCAGACGUUCUCGCGAGGAUUAUCGCCGCAGAAGCCCCCCAGUCCGGCGCAGAUCACCACCUCGCCGGAGGAGCUUCAGCAGAAGUCGGAGCAGGUCCCUCUCAAGGGAUCGUAGGCGAGAGAGAUCCCUGUCUAGGGAGAGGAACCAUAAGCAAUCUCGCUCAUUCUCCAGGUCUCGCAGCCGCUCCAGGUCAAAUGAUAGGAAGUGAAUCUGAAGCAUAGUGGCCUUUGAAGAUCUGUGUACAGACUGUCGGAGUUAAGAAUGUGACUUGCAUUUGUUUAAUAGACUCAACAUGUAGUUAAGCAUUUUUUACCCUGUUUUAGCUGUUCAUUGUUUUUCUUUUCAUGUAUUCUAUAAUGUAACCAGUGAUCAGAUUUUCAGAUGCAGAAAUUCAGACUUGUGAAUUGCAGGCAGAAUUUUUAUAAAGGUGGGAUUGUAUUGUGGGCUUCUACUAGGGUUAACUUUCGUCUCUUGCUGGAAUUGCUAAGCUUGUCCAUCUUCAAUUGAUGAGAAUCUUUCCCUCUCCUCUCUGUCCCAUCCUCCCACAAGCAGGUCUGACCAGCAGUGGUUUUUGUUCAUUUCUUGGUUAUUAUCAUAUAACCAUUCCAAGCCUCGAGGGCUUUUUAACUUUAUAGCAUACCUGUGCCAUGCUAUCUGUGGGUUAGGUGCUGUGAUUGGUUUUUGUAUGUAUUAGUUUUUCAUGUUUCCUGAAAUACAAGCAAGAGGUGUUUAAACUGUAGUGUUACUGUUUGUUAAUCCUGCACUUGUUAGUUUGUGGUAGAGUUCAUUUGUGUAGUGAUUUGGAGACAUUGUUUGGAGGUGAAUAGUCAUAGUAUGGGUGCACUGGAAAUUUUUGCAAUAUUCCAGUAUUCAAGGAGAUGUUCCUUGAAAUUCCACAGAAAAUAAGUACAUUAACAGUUAAAGAGUCCUGCAGGCUUUUAAGAUGAUCUGUGAUGUCGUAGCUCUUUGGAAGGAUAAAUUUAAUCUAGAAAGUAACAUUUCUUGCUAUUGGUGUGUUAACUUUUCCUGCAUGAAUUUCACAGAUACUGGCUACAGUGUGAGGGGAGAAGAGUUUAGUAUUUGUGGUACUGGGGUAAUUCUUGACAUGAUUAGUCGUGAGAUAAAAUUGUGUCCAGAGAUAGAAGAAAACUGCUGUUUCCUGUGUCAGAAAUGCUGGUGCUUAAUCCUUCUCUCGUCAAUGACUGCAUUGUAAAUAUGUGCGCAGCCCUGAUGUGUGUUUUGCCCACUGGAGAUAUUAUGAGAAAUUGGAGCAAUACAUUUUCUCCUUUGUGAUCCUGAUCCUGCCAUUACACUGCACCAUUUGUAUGCUGUUUUGUGACUUUCUUGGAAAUAAACUUUGGUUACACAUUU